GUGCUCAGUGUCAACAAACUGGCCGCACGUGUGAGCGGAGCAGCAUGGGUGGAUUUAUGACGCCAAAACUGGAUUUAUAACAUAUUUUACACCGAAUAUAAGCAUAUAUAUAUGAAUAGAGAGGCAAGAUGAAGUUUGCAUAUCGGUUUUCUAAUCUCCUCGGAGCAGUUUAUCGACAGGGAAAUUUAAACUUCUCCAAAGAUGGGAACGCUGUCAUCAGUCCAGUUGGAAAUAGAAUAUCCAUCUUUGACCUGAAAAACAACACAUCAGAGACAUUACCAAUCUCCACUACUAAGAACAUAACAUGUGUGGGCAUUUCUCCCAAUGGGAAUCUUGCCAUUGUGGUGGAUGAAGACGGUGCUGCGCUGCUGGUCAGCCUUGUCACUCGGGCCAUCCUUCAUCACUUCCACUUCCACAAACCUGUCCACAGCAUCAGCUUCUCUCCAGAUGGAAGGAAGUUUGUGGUGACCAAGGAGAAUGUGGCCCUGAUGUAUCACGCUCCAGGAAAACAGCGCGAGUUUAACGCUUUCGUGCUGGACAAGAGCUACUACGGUCCCUAUGAUGAGACCACCUGCAUCGACUGGACCACAGACUCCAAGUGCUUCGCCGUGGGGAGCAAAGAUAUGUCCACCUGGGUGUUUGGGGCUGAGCGCUGGGCAAACCUGAUCUACUACUCCCUGGGGGGCCACAAGGAUGUCAUUGUGGGCUGCUUCUUUGAGAAAGACAGUCUAGAUUUGUACACAGUGAGCCAGGACGGGACCCUGUGCAUCUGGGAGAGUGACACAGAGCCAGACGGUUUAGUCCUGAGCAAGAAACAGCUCCAAAGAGAGGAACAGGAGGAAGACGAGGAGGAGGAAGAGGAGGGGAUGGAGGGACGGGAGGGGGAGGUCAUCAGGGGCAAAGCACACACCCAAAAAGACAAGAAGCACAACAAGAAUGUCCGAUAUAAGCAGGCCAGCAAGCACUUCUUUAAUAAGGAGGGGGACUUUAAUAACCUGACCGCAGCUGCCUUCCAUAAGCCCACUCACAUCCUGGUUACAGGCUUCGCCUCCGGGAUCUUCCACCUGCACGAGCUGCCAGAGUUCAACCUCAUCCACUCGCUCAGUAUCUCAGACCAGAGAAUUGCCUCUGUGGCUAUCAACAGCUCUGGAGACUGGAUCGGCUUUGGCUGUUCAAGGAUGGGUCAGCUGCUGGUGUGGGAGUGGCAGAGUGAGUCUUAUGUGUUCAAACAGCAGGGACACUUCAAUAACAUGGCGUCUCUGGCCUACUCUCCAGACGGACAGUACAUUGCGACUGGAGGAGACGACGGCAAGGUGAAAGUGUGGAACACAAACAGUGGCCUGUGCUUUGUUACCUUCACGGAGCACAGCAGCAGUGUGUCUCAGGUGACCUUCACCUCCAGUGGGAUGGUGGUGGUCAGUGCCUCUUUAGACGGGACGGUUCGUGCUUUCGAUCUACACAGGUACCGAAACUUCCGCACCUUCACGUCCCCUCGGCCAGCGCAGUUCUCUUCUCUGGCAGUAGAUGUCAGUGGAGAGCUGGUGAGUGCAGGGGCCCAGGACUCCUUUGAGAUUUUCCUGUGGUCCAUGCAGACGGGCAGACUGCUGGAGGUCCUGGGAGGUCACGAGGGCCCCGUUUCCUCCCUGUGCUUCAGCCCAGUGCAGUCAGUUCUGGCCAGUGCCUCGUGGGACAAAACUGUUCGACUGUGGGACAUGUUGGACAGCUGGCAGGUCAAAGAGACACUAGCCCUCACUUCAGAUGGCCUGGCAGUGACGUACCGCCCUGAUGGUGAGGAGUUGGCAGUGGCCACUCUAAACGGUGAGAUCUCAUUUUGGAGCCCACAGAGCGCCGCACAGACCGGCUCUGUGUCCGGACGCCACGACCUGGAGCUGGGACGCAAAGAGACAGACAAAGUCACUGCCAAGCAGACCGCCAAGGGCAAGUCUUUUACGUGUCUGUGCUAUUCUGCCGAUGGGGAGGCCAUUUUGGCGGGAGGGCAGUCCAAGUUUGUGUGCAUCUACAAUGUGAAGGAGCAGAUGCUGAUGAAGAAGUUUGAGAUCUCCUGUAACCUGUCCUUCGACGCAAUGGAGGAGUUUUUAGACCGUCGUAAGAUGACAGAGUUUGGCAGUCUUGCUCUGGUGGAUGAUGGAGCAGGAGAUGGAGAGGGGGUGAACAUCAGCCUGCCCGGUGUCCGCAAAGGCGAUAUGAGCUCAAGACACUUCAAACCUGAAAUCAGAGUCUCGUCUCUACGGUUCUCUCCUACUGGCCGGAGUUGGGCAGCCACCAGCACAGAGGGCCUGCUGGUCUACUCGCUGGACGGCUCCAUGGUGUUUGACCCCUAUGACCUGGACCUGGACGUGACCCCGGAGAGUAUCCACAAACAGCUCCGCCUGAAGGAGUGGACCUCUGCCAUAGUGCUGGCCUUCAGGCUCAACGAGAGGGCUCUAAAGCAGGAGGUCAUCGAAACCGUCCCCCACGACCAGAUUGGUGUGGUGUGUGGAUCUCUGCCUGACAUCUAUGUUGAGAAGCUGCUGGGCUUCAUUGCCUCAUGUCUAGAGACGUCUGGUCACCUACAGUUCUACAUGAGCUGGGCCCAGAGCCUGCUCAUGCUGCAUGGCCAGAAACUCAAGAACAGAUCUGGCGCCAUCCUGCCCACACUCCAAGCUCUGCAGAAAGCCAUCCAGAGACACUAUGACAGUCUUUCCAAGCUGUGUGAUUUCAACAAAUACAACAUCCGGUAUGCAGUAGCCUUGUCCAAACAGAGAGGAGUGAAGAGGGCGGCUGAGGAGGUGGAGGGAGAGGAAGAAGAGGAGGAUGAAGAUGACAUGUCUGAGGAGAGGAGUGAAGCUUCACUGGAGGAGGCAGAGAUGAUAUUAUAACUAGAUUGGACAUCUACAUACUGAACAUUCUGCUUUGUAAAUGUGUUUUUAAUAAAAUGUAUGUGUAAAGGCA